GGGGACACUUGAAGACAGCGCAGGUCGGAGCAGGUUGGACGCAGGCGGUUCCAGGGCUUGGUGUGUGGGAGAGUGGGCAGGGUCCUGCUUGCUUCGGUCUUUGGGAAGGGCUAGGGGUCGACCCCAGUGAAUGUCGAUCGGCCGAGCUUCGCUUUCAGGCGACUCGGGCUUCCUUGAGGUUCUAACGUCUGGCGGGCCCUGUCGCGUUCUGUCCGGGGGUCCGAGGGUCCGGGGGUUAGCCGGUAACCCAGGGCGUGAGACCGCUCACCUGGGCGCCUCUUCCUCCCCCCACCCCCCGUUUCGCCCACGGCACCAUCCAGGGAACCACGUGCGGCUGUCGCCCGAAACUCUGCCUGUCAAGCGAAGCCCGCCCCCAGGGCAGGGGAGGGGACGCGGGGGCGGGGUGGGCUGUGCCCCACGGGAACCCGGCUGGUCCGUGCGCCCUCCGGUGCCAGCUCGGCUCCCUCUGCCUGGCGUUCCCACGGGCUCCCGGGAGGUAGCGGACAGCGCGGUGGAGAGGCGCAGAGCCCGGGCCCCAAGGGGCCAGAGGCCACCCAAGGGGCCCCCGGCUGCUCGGUUCUGGCAAAAAGGCAGCGAAGGGAAGGAGCUCUCCAAGUGACUAGUCCCGGAGGUGCCCUCUUUCAGGGAGGCGCCGAGAGUCCCGGAGCCCCUUUCCCAGGUGUCUCCUUCGGCUUUGAACGGUCUUUAGCCUUUGGAGGUAGUAGGGGAGCGCCGGUCCUGUGGGACCUGGUCUGGGAUCAUCUCCCAAACCUGCCUGCGAUUUUUGCGCAUCAGGAGCCAGAUCCCGGGUGCGCGCCCCGGGCAGGACUCCGGCCGCCUUCUGGGCGUUGUAGAGCCUCGGCGUCUGACGAAGCCCGCUUUCCGAGCUCGGGGGGAGCUUUGCGAAAGACAACCUCAAGGCAAGGGCGUUUGGAGAGCUGCGGUGGAGCCAGGGGCUUGGAGGAGCGAGGCGUAUAUUUUCAGCUGCACCUUCAAAAGGGGAGAAUUCUGUCACCACCAGAGAGGCAACAGCCCCCAAAUAUGACUACAGUUGCCUAGAUCCGCAGAGGCCUGGGAGUCUCUGGAUGGAUAGCUUAGAAUAUGCUGAAAAGCCAAUGCCUUCCAUGGAGGAUUGAAGGGCCAGCUGGUCAACAGGACAGUGGCCUGGAGCAAGGGAGUCAGCAGACACUCACAGCCAGCAAGAGGGACCUUUCAAGGGGGCUGACGUGCAUUGCCAAGGGCAGGCUCCUGCCACGCAAUUGUAGCAGCCCUCUGAUGGAAUGCUGGUGAGGUCCUUCACCCAGGGGAGCCGGCGGGGCUGUGCCAGGGACUGCCUGGUGAGUGAGAACUUGUGCAGGUCCGACUGACCCCUUAUCCCUGCUUAGGAACUGGAGGGGGUCAGAGCCCCCUAUGUGCUCUCCAUCAGCAAGAUGAGGACUCUGAACACCUCUACCAUGGAUGGGGCUGGGCUGGUGGUACAGAGAGACUUCUCCUUCCGCAUCCUUACAGCCUGUUUCCUGUCUCUGCUCAUCCUGUCCACACUCCUGGGGAACACGCUGGUCUGUGCCGCUGUCAUCAGGUUCCGACACCUGCGGUCCAAGGUGACCAACUUCUUUGUCAUCUCCUUGGCAGUGUCGGAUCUCUUGGUGGCUGUCUUGGUCAUGCCCUGGAAAGCGGUGGCAGAGAUUGCUGGCUUCUGGCCCUUUGGGUCCUUCUGUAACAUCUGGGUGGCCUUUGACAUCAUGUGCUCCACGGCGUCCAUCCUCAACCUUUGUGUGAUCAGCGUGGACAGGUACUGGGCCAUCUCCAGCCCGUUCCGGUACGAGAGAAAGAUGACCCCCAAGGCAGCCUUCAUUCUGAUCAGCGUGGCGUGGACCUUGUCUGUCCUCAUCUCCUUCAUCCCUGUGCAGCUCAGCUGGCACAAGGCGAAGCCCACGAUCUCCUCUGACGGGAACGCCACUUCCCUGGAUGACACCCUGGACAACUGUGAUUCCAGCUUAAGCAGGACCUAUGCCAUUUCAUCCUCCCUAAUAAGCUUUUAUAUCCCUGUGGCCAUCAUGAUUGUCACCUACACCAGGAUCUAUAGGAUCGCCCAGAAACAGAUACGGCGCAUCUCAGCCUUGGAGAGGGCAGCAGUCCAUGCCAAGAAUUGCCAGACCACUACAGGUAAUGGAAACCCUGUGGAGUGUUCUCAACCAGAAAGCUCCUUUAAGAUGUCCUUCAAAAGAGAGACUAAAGUUCUCAAGACUCUGUCUGUGAUCAUGGGGGUCUUUGUGUGCUGCUGGCUUCCUUUCUUCGUCUUGAACUGCAUGGUGCCCUUCUGUGGGUCUGGGGAGACCAAGCCCUUCUGCAUUGAUUCCAUCACCUUUGAUGUGUUUGUGUGGUUUGGGUGGGCUAAUUCUUCCUUGAACCCCAUCAUUUAUGCCUUUAAUGCUGAUUUUCGGAAGGCAUUUUCAACUCUUUUAGGAUGCUACAGACUUUGCCCUACCACGAAUAAUGCCAUAGAGACAGUUAGCAUCAAUAACAAUGGGGCUGUGGUGUUUUCCAGCCAUCAUGAGCCUCGAGGCUCCAUUUCCAAGGACUGCAAUCUGGUUUAUCUGAUCCCACAUGCAGUGGGCUCAUCCGAGGACCUGAAGAAGGAGGAAGCAGGUGGAAUGGCCAAACCCUUGGAGAAGUUGUCCCCGGCCCUAUCUGUCAUUUUGGACUAUGACACCGAUGUCUCUCUAGAGAAGAUCCAGCCCAUCACACAAAAUGGACAGCAUCCAACCUGAAGCCUGAGAUGAAUCUGGCCAGACAGGCUCAGCCCAAAAGCUGGAGGAGAUUUUCAGUGGCUUGCGAGGUGUGGUGAGACUCAGAUGUCAGGCGAGCCCUCCUCUGCUGCUUUUCCUUCAACACACAACUAACUAUAUUUUAAAAUACAUUCCAGUGUGUUUUCUUUGUUGUUCAUAGUGAAUCCAAGAGGGACAUAUGUGGAGUGAACGUUCACAGGGAUGUGUCUUUGGCUCCAAAAUUAUUUUUAGAAACUGAUUCUUAUCUUAGGACUUGAAAAAUAGGGCGCAGAAUCAACAAUGAACAGCAUCGCUUAAAAAGUAGAUCCUCUCCCGGAAGGAGAGGAGAUGAGAAGGGUUGAGUUUGUUGUGUACAAACAGGUGCUAACACUGGUCCAAGGAGAGUUUUCAGAUUGUAAAGGUAGGUGCAUGCCUUCAUAAAUUAUUUCUAAAAAAUAAUUGAGCCUUACAGUAGGAGUGGGAUUUUUUUUUUUCGGACUUGAGAGAUGCUUUGUUGAUAUUGGUUUUAUUUAUUUAUUGUAUUAUACGGAUAUUUUUAAUUUAUUAAAUAAAUAUAUAUUUAUCAGAUGUCAUAGGAUAAACUAAUAAGUUACUGAGAACUUAAAGUCACAUUUCGUCCAUGUAACUAGCACUUUAUUGGCCAAUGAAACAAACAGAGAAACUCUGAGAUUCUAAAUACUCAUAUAUAACUUCCAGAGACACAGCCAAGGUUGAUAGGAAAUGAAGUCGUGAUGAUUCCUUAAAAUUCUUUAGCAUA